CGGGGCGAGCGGGACGAUGGCGGCGGCCGGGGAGGAGGCGGAGGCGGCGGACUGGGCGCUGCUGCCGGAGCUGGAGGUGCUGGAGUCCAUCUACCUGGAGGAGCUGCAGGUGGCGCGGGGCCGCGGCAGGUGGGAGCCCUGGGAGAUCAGCAUCACCCUGCACCCCGCCACGGCCGAGGACCAGGACUCCCAGUACGUCCGCUUCACCCUGGUGCUCUCCGUGCCCCCGCAAUAUCCUAAUGAAACUCCGGAGAUCUCCGUCAGGAACCCGCGGGGCCUGUCAGAUGAGCAGAUUCAAAAGAUUUCCCAGACCCUCAGAAGUGUUGCUGAAGCAAGGCUGGGGACAGAGGUGCUCUAUGAACUCAUUGAGAAGGGGAAGGAGAUUCUCACUGACAACAACAUUCCUCAUGGACAGUGUGUGAUCUGCCUUUAUGGAUUCCAGGAGAGAGAAGCCUUCACAAAGACCCAGUGCUACCACUACUUCCACUCCCACUGUCUGGCCCGCUAUGCCCAGCACAUGGAGGAGGAGAUCCUCAUGCAGCAGGAGGAGAGAGAUCAACACCUUUCACCGUCUCCCAAACAGGAAGUCGGUGUGCAGUGCCCUGUCUGCCGGGAGACCCUGGUCUAUGAUCUCUCUGCUCUGAAGGCAGCACCGCCCCCACAGCACCCUCUGGAGCCGUACAGGCCAGAUGCCAAGAUGCUGCAGCACCAGGAAGAACUGCGCCUAAUUUUCAAGAGACAGCAAGAGAAAGGAGGUAUCAUCGACCCCGAAGCAGAGAGGAACCGCUAUUUCAUCAGCCUCCAGGCGCCUCCAGCUGCUGCGGAUCCAGGCCAAGCAGCUGCUGCCUCUGAGCUGCCGGUGAGUGCAAGCACUGCAGACGUGCCCCAGCCGCCCGGCCAAGCCUCGACUCCAGAGCCAGCUGGGGCAUCGGAGGCCAGGGCAGAACCUGGGCGGCCUGAGAGGCCUGCUGUGCCCAGGGAGCAACCAAGCAAGAGGGAGAAGCACAGAGGGGAGAGGCCAGGCCCCAGAGGCCAGGGCAGGCAGCCAUGCAGUGGCUUGCAAGAACCGGGAGAAGAAGCCUGUCAUCCCCUCCAUGGCUCCAGGGGGCCCAGGGGCUUCAGCCAGAGACCAGAGCGGAGACCUGCUGGAAGGCACAGUCAGGAGUUUCCAAAGCCUCACAGUAGAAGUAGGGCUGCUCCCUUGGCUGAAAGAAAGGAUUUGUGCCCUGAAGAUCCCUCACCAGUAAUGGAGGCCGUGGACUUGAAAGAGGAGCACUGUGAUGUGGACAGAUGGAGUGCAGAGAAGGGGGCUGAGGCCCGGGGCAAGAAAAAGGAGAACCUGACAUUCAACCACAGCGACCACAGAGCAGCUACCAGCUGGCAGGGUCACCACAGGCCCUGGGAUUGUGGGAGGUGGGAAAGGUCCAGAGUUCAGGAGCGUGGUUCCUACCCCAGAGCACCAAGAGGGCGAGGGGUGUUCAGGCCCAGUGGACAUCGAGAAGCCCAUCUUGAGAAGGAGGGUGGCUCCUAGCAGGAAUGAUGAGGGGCUGGGCUGGGGGAAGGAAGGGCUAUUUCUGGGGAGAACAGUGAAGGCUCUGGUAGAGCAGUAGCAAGCAGACACCAUACAU